GCAUUGAAUUUGAGUUAGUAUUAGAGGAGAAUUGGUCCAUACAGCUGCCACAGUGUAGUCCUGGCGACAAGUUCACCUUUGAGAUUGCGAUCAUUGUUCCCGAACUCUGUCUUAUUGAGCAUGAGGUUGGAUUCGAUCUCAUGUACUCGAAGUCAACGGCUGAGGUGUUCAAGCUGGCCAGUGUAUUGGCACUACAAUUCCACAACGCCUUCUCUGUGCACACGGACUCCGCGCUCACAUCCGAUUUAGUGAAAUACAUUAAAGCCGACAUUCAGUCGCAUCUCCCCAUCCCGAUCCAACUGGUAAAUGUGGAGUUGACCACUCAAUUAAAAAAUACUAAGGUAACCCCGUCAUCAGCCAACGCCCUGGUAUCGGCAACGGUAUGUGUAUGA